AUGGUGGCGGUGACUGCGAUGCGAGAUCUCUCUUCCCGAUUGACUGCAAUUACCUCCCCGAUUUAUCUCUCAGAAGACGGCAGUGACGGAAAGGCCAAAUGGCCCAAAUCUAUCUCCUUCACUAGAUUUAUCUCCCUGAAAAAGCUAAUUUUCUUCAUAUCUUCAAGAACUCCGGCAUCCACUUCGGCCCAAAAAAUCCCCCGCACCCCCAAAUCCACCAUGCAAAUCUUGCAAGUCGAAGAGGUUGAGGUCAUGGUUGCAGGCCCAGAGAUUGAGGUCUUGAGGAAGGUGUAUCGUGAAGUCGAAGAGGUCAGAGGAUUGGAGGUCGGAGGAUUGGAAGUCGAAGAGGUCUUCGGCAGCGGAGGGGGCGGUAAAUCGGGAUACCGACGCAAUAACCGAUACCGUCCCAAUCGGUAA